AUGGUAGUAAGCGACAGGCCGAUGAAGCGAGCCAAGAGAAACAACAGGGUUACAGCGGAUCUCUACGACAUCCUCUCUUUUCCGGCUAGCAAAGAGUUCGUCACCGCCGGCGGGUCUUUUAGGGAAAGCGUGAAAGCGUUUUUGUCACGUCACGCGCGGGUCACUUUCCCUCCUUCACUCUUUCCCUCUUUGUUGACGUGGCAGAUCUUGUUUCGUGUCGGAGAUCUGGUGUCGGAGGGUACGGAUCUGUCUCCGGUCGUUGUGGCUCUCGAUAUUGUCGAGGAGGACGUUACCAGAUCUUCUAGAUCCGUUUAUUGCAACCAGUGCCGUGUUGUUGGCUGGAGUGGGCAUCCUGUGUGCAAGAAACGGUACCAUUUUAUCAUAAGAGUUAACAAUAGUCCUGCUGAUGGGUAUCAGAGAUCAUGUAACAGAUGUGGCAAUUGGCUGCCCAUAUCAGAAUCCAGGUGCAAUUGGUGUGACACUGUGAUUACUACAGAUGAUAUUGAAGAGUGGGUGUAUUCUCAGUUCGAAGAUAACACUCAUCUACUUCAUGGGGUUGUUCACUCCAAUGGGUUUGGCCACCUCCUUUUGGUUAAUGGAAGGGAAGGUGGUUCCAGUGUUUUGACCGGUUCAGAUAUCAUGAACUUCUGGGAUAGGCUGUGUGAAACAUUGGCAGUAAGGAAGGUAUCUGUCAUGGAUGUGUCAACAAAAUAUGGGAUGGAGUACCGACUUCUCAAUGCAAUCACCCAAAGCCAUUCAUGGUAUGGGAAUUGGGGUUAUGAAUUUGGAUGUGGAAGUUAUGCAAUUACAUUGGAUGCUUACAAGAAAGCAGUGGAAAGAUUGUCAAACUCAGAACUUGUAACCCUGAAGGACCUCUUCUCCUUUUUGUCUAGUCUGAUCCGUGAAAGCAACAAGACUCUAACAUCUAAGGCAACACUCAAGAGCUUAAAACCUACUGCAAACAUAUUGUGUGCGUGGACAAGGGAUGAUGUGGAAUGUGUACAACAAGCAAUGAUCAAGGUACUGGCUGCAGCAUCUGGCAAGACCAAUUGGGUUACAAGGCAUGCUCUUAAAGGUGUCAUGUGUAAAACAGCAUCUCCACAACUUCUUGACUACUGCCUUAAACACUUGGGAGGGAAGUUAGCAGCUAGUGGCAUGGUGGUUCGUGCACGAUGCAACCUUAAUUCCUUUGAUAUUGAAUUCAGGUAG